AUGAGGGGGCUCGGGGCCAUCGCGGUUUUGGGGACACUCCUGCUCCUGGCUCAGGCUCAGCGACGAGCGGCGGGCCGGAGCCGCGGGCGGGGCCCGGCGUGGAGCGGGCGCCCGGCGCCGUUCGGGACGUGGGACACGGAGCUGUACCCGCCCUGGCAGCAGGACAGCCGCGACUGCUGGCGAGGUGGCGAUGUCACCUUCGAGCUCAGCAGCGACGCCCCGACGCUGGUGGGCGCCCAGGCCACGUUCUCCAUCGCGCUGCGCCUGCCGGACACCCAGCGCGCGCUGCCCGACGGCCGCGUGGUGUGGGGGCAGGACUGCACCGUCAACGGCACGCGGGUGGCACGCGGGGACCCGGUGUUCCCGGAGCAGCCGGACGCCAGCGGGACCUUCCCGGACGGGCAGCCCCUGCCCAAGGACAGGCGCGGCAAGUUCGUCUACGUCUGGUGGACGUGGGGGCGCUACUGGCAGGUGGUGGACGGGCCGGUGUCGCGGCUCACGGUGGGAACGGCCGGCGUGCCGCUGGGCUCCUACACCAUGGAGGUGGCCGUGUACCACUACCGGGGCCGCCAGAAGUUCAUCCCCAUCGGCCACGCCAGCACCCAGUUCAGCAUCACCGACCAGGUCCCGCUCACCGUGGACGUGUCGCAGCUGCAGGACGCGGUGACGCGCGACGGCCGCUUCGUGCGGAACCGCGCCGUGGCCUUCGCCGUGCGCCUGCACGACCCCAGCCGCUACCUGCGCCACGCCGACGUGUCCUACUCGUGGGACUUCGGCGACCAGAGCGGCACGCUGAUCUCGCGCAGCGCCGCCGUCACCCACACCUACCGCGACACCGGCACCUUCUCGGCCCGCCUGGUGCUCCAGGCCGCCAUCCCGCUCAGCCCCUGCGGGCCCAGCACCGCGCCGGCCACCGCGCCCGCGGCCACCACGGCCACCGAGCCCGCGGCCACCACGGCGCCCGCGGGACGGAGCACGGCGGCGGCGGCCAGCACCGCCCCCGCAGCCUCCGGGGAGCCGGCGGAGCCCACGGGGGGCUCGGCGGCGGAACCCUCGGACCCCGCUGUCACCGAGCCCUCUGUCCCCGUUGUCACCGAGCCCUCUGUCCCCUCCGCCACUGAUCCCGCUGGCACCUCCGCUGUCGUCGAGCCCUCUGUCGCCGCUGUCACCGAGCUGUCUGUCCCCUCCGCCACCGCCGCCGCUGCGGCUGCCAGCACCGCGGCUGUCGCCUCCUCCGUGUCCCCCGCUGUCGCCACCGCGGCCGGGGACACCUCUGUCCCCGCGGUGCCCCUGGAAGGGACAGCGGCUGCAGACGCGGCGACAGACGGAGGCGCGGGUGAUGUCACGGCUGCGGCCACCGCUGGAUCUGCCACAGCUGGAUCUGCCCUCGAUGCCACCGCCGCAGCCACGCUCGGUGUCACGGCGGACGCCACCACAGGAGCCACCGUGGGAGCCACCGCCGCGUCCCUGGCGGCUGCCACAGCUGCGGCCACAGCUGGCAGCACAGCUGGCAGCACGGCCCAGCCGCUGGCACUGGUCAAGCGCCAGGCCCCGGCCGAGGACUCGCCCGGCUGCGUCUUGUUCCGCUACGGCACCUUCGCCACCCAGCUGGACAUCGUCCAGGGCAUCGAGAGCGUGGCCAUCGUGCAGGUGGUGCCCGAGGGCGGCGGCAGCAGCGUGGAGCUGACGGUGACGUGCGAGGGCGGGGUGCCCGAGGAGGUGUGCACGGUGGUGGCGGACGCCGAGUGUCGCACGGCGGAGGCGGAGUCGUGCUCGGCGGUGUCGCCGUCGCCCGGCUGCGAGCUCGUGCUGCGCCAGGACUUCAACCGCUCCGGCCUCUUCUGCCUCAACGUGUCCCUGGCCAACGGCAACGGGCUGGCCGUGGCCACCACCCGAGUGGCCGUGGGAGGAGCCGCCCCGGCCACCGGGCGCACCACGCUGUUCGUGGGACUCGUGCUGGUGGCGGCCGCCCUGGGCACGGCCGCGUACACCUACAGACGAGUCAAGUACACGGCGCUGUCCCCCGCGCUGUCCCCGGCGCUGUCCCCACCCCGGCCCUGGCUGUCCCCAAAUGUCACCGUGCGGCGGCUGCUGCAGCGCGCCCUGGGGGGGGUCCCGAGCGGCGAGAGCAGCCCCCUCCUCCGGGCCCGCUCCGUCUAGGGACCCCCGCCCCAAAACCUGCCCCCCAAAGCCCCCCCGGACCCCGCGGGGGGGGUUGGGGACACGCGUGGUGGCCUUGGUGGCACCGGGAUUAAA